AAAGGUCGAGAUUGAGAAAAAUAAAUAAAAUUACGAGUUUUGGUCCAUGUGCUGCAUGUAAAAUUAAAAGUAUUGUCCUUUCCUUCUAACUCUAAAAAAAAAAAUUAAAAGGAGAAUUAUCGCCGAAGCCACCCUCCCCACGCCGACCGCCACCACCGCUCCAACCAGCAGCCGACUACCAAACGUUAUCAUCGCAUGCACCGGAGCUAUCCGCAUUAGAUCAAAGCCGCGUCGAUCACUCUCUCUCUCGCGAUCUUGUCGUAGGAAGUUGGAUCUUGGAGUUUUUGAGAAAGAUUUGAAAUUUUGGAAGAGUUGGGUUGCUGUCAAGCCGAUUAGAAGCUCGUUUUUUGGCUCUUUUGACAUAAAUUUGGUUAGGAUCUUGGUCAUGGAUACCCAUUAAGUGUUUGGUGCAAAAUUAAAUUACUCUUGAAUUUGGAAUGUUAGAUUUGAGUUUAGAAGGUCGUUAUUGUGCUGUCCAGUGGAGUUCAGGUGAUUUUGGCCAGUUCUCCGUAAGAUUAUAGAUUUGGAGGAUUUUGAAGAAAUUUCUAGCGGAGUUUGGUAUCUUUUAGGUAUUCGCAUUCCUCGACUCAUUCCUAAAGCUCGGAUCAAGCACUUGUUAGAGCUUUAAAAAAUUGAUUGAAAAGUAUGCCACACCGAACACGACCUAUGGCUGCAGUUCUUGUAUUUACUGGUCUCAAUGUUGUGCUGGUAUCAACCAUCACUCCAGUUUAUGAUUUUGUGUGCUUUCAUCCAUACUGGGAAAGACGGAGAGAACGACGUCAGCAACAACGUGAAGCUGCUUUAGGGAAAGAGCUUUUAGCAGACAGAUAAACGUAUGCAGUACCUUUGAGAUUGUACAUUGCAUCUAAGUUCCCCAUACUCGAUCUUUUUAGGUGGCAGUUUCUCUCAUCCUCUUCAUCAUUUAAGAAUUGAAGAUAAGAAUGGGAUAAGAAAGCCCUUUACUUGCCAUCUGCAGGAUUUAUUGUCCACCGAUUGCAGAUUGUUGGAAAAGACAUAGAACUGGACCAUUAAAUUCACAAGCUAUCCUGAUUGAUAUGUCGUAAUCAAACUACCUUCCUUUCUGUACUCUUUUUUUUUUUCUUUUUUGUUAAUAUCUGCUUUUCUUGAGCACCCGCCUUCCAAUGAUACAGAUAGUUUACACUAAGUUAAUAUGUUCUUCCACAUGACAUUUUGACAAAAUAGGGCUGAGAAUUGAUGUUUUUAAUUGUGUAUAGUCACUAUAUUACGAAUUCAUUACCUUCCAUGAGAAUUGAUGUAUUGGAACAAAUUAGCUGAUUGCUUUUUUCUUAUUGUGACAAUUGAAGAUUAUGAUUGAAUCUUUAACCUCAA